AUGUCGGGAAUCGAAGGCCUGAGCAUCGUUGCAAACGUUAUUGCCAUCGUUGACCUGUCUCUCAAAGUCAUCUCGUGGUGCUCCAAGUAUGCUCAAGACGUCAAAGACUCCAGCGACGAUCGCGCCCGGCUCCUGCAGGCGGCUAUCACCUUGCAUUAUGAGUCCGGGAAAAUCCACGGCCUUCUCUCUGGCAAAAGAAGCCAUAAAUUGAAAGAAUCUCAGAAGCUUGCCCAGGCUAUGGGGAGCAGUGAGGUUCAGUUACGCGAGAUCGAAAGUUUGUUAUCCGACAAGACCAACUGUUCAACCCUCAAAUGGCCGCUGCGGAAAGAAAGGGUCGAAAGCGCUAUCAGAAACAUUGAGAAUGCAACAAAGACCCUCUUAGAGCUCCUUCAGAUUGAUACGGCAAGCAUUAUCCUUGAUAUCGAUGAUAGGACGGAGGGUGGCCAUCGAAGAGCAGUAAUCGAUCAGUUGCCCUACGUUAGCGAUGCAGUAUGGGAUUCACAUGCCGAGGAACAUAACGCGACCUGCCUGGAGAAUACCCGUAAGGAUAUUCUACGGGAAAUAAAAGAAUGGGCUGAAGACACAACUGACCAGUCGAAAACGGUGUACUGGCUCAACGGCAUGGCGGGCACUGGAAAGUCCACCAUCUCACGCACAAUUGCCCGCUCCCUGUCCGAGGCUGGGAGAUUAGGGGCAUCCUUCUUCUUCAAACGUGGCGAACUGAAUAGAGAGAAGAUAUCCAAACUCGUCCCUACCAUUGCGCGUCAACUUGCGACGAGCCGACCGGAGCUUGAGUCUUAUAUCUAUAAAGCGGUCCUGCAUGAUCCAACCAUUGCGAGCAAAGCCGUCAGAGCUCAGUUCGAAAGACUUAUUCUGGAGCCCCUGUCUCAAAUUUCAACUGAGACUCAGGAUAAAACGCCCGUCACUAUUGUCAUCGACGCGCUGGACGAAUGCGAGUCUGAUGCUGAUAUCUAUCUCAUCAUCAACCUAUUUUCUCGGACAAGACACAUAAAUCAACCGCGAAGUAGAAUAUUUGUGACAAGCCGCCCUGAUCUUCCGGUUCGCCUAGGCUUCAAAGACGUGCAGGGAACUUAUCAAGAUAUGGUCCUUCACGAGAUACCCGCUCAAGUAAUAGAACACGACAUAUCAAUAUUCUUAACACACGAAGCAGGCCUAAUUAAAAGGAGAUGGGAUUCUUCAGUUCCUGAGAGACGUAAACUGCCAACCGACUGGCCUGGAACCGCCUGCAUCCAGCUCCUCGCAGAAAGAGCAGCGCCGCUCUUCAUUUUCGCCGCAACUGUAUGCCGUUUCAUAGCUGACCGGAGGCAUGGUAACCCUGACGAGCAGCUCCAAAAAUUCCUAGGAUCUUCGGCUGAGGAUACCCCGUCUCGGAUGGAGCUUACUUACGGGCCAGUACUUGGUCAGCUGUUUGGUUCGCAUUGUCCCAAACGCAAGAGGGAGACGAUCAUCCACGAAGUCAAGCGAAUCAUCGGUACCAUCAUUAACCUCGCUACCCCUCUGUCAUCAUCCACACUUUCGAGACUCAUAAGAAUGGAUCAGAAGACGAUUGAUGUCAGGUUGGACUUUCUUCAUUCGGUUCUCAGCAUCCCUUCCUCUUCACAUGCACCAAUUCGAAUGCUUCAUUCAUCCUUCAGUGACUAUCUGAUGGACCCAGAUAUAGAAGGGAACCCCUUUCGAAUCGACCAGAAGAAGUCGUCAAGAGAUAUAGUUGAAGACUGUUUCCAAGCGAUGGAGAGCCUCAAAACCGAUAUCUGUCACCUGGGGAUUCCAAGCAUGUCCCGUUCGACAAUACAGCCCGAGGUCAUCGCUCAAUGUCUACCCCCUGAGGUUCAAUACGCAUGCGUUUACUGGAUAGACCACCAAAGAGUUGCAGGAAUUGCCCCUGAAGAUGCCACCGCCAUCUUAAGCUUUUUGGAGAAGCAUCUGCUUCACUGGUUUGAAGCCAUGAUCUUACUAGGCAAGGUCUACUUGAUCACCGGACUGAUCAGGAGUCUUAAAUCUGUCCUGGAAAGAAAGUCUGCCGUUGACGUAACGUUGAUCGACUUUCUUGACGAUGCCAUUAGAAUUGUUGACAAAAAUAUAGAGAUGAUCAACCUAGCCCCCCUGCAGAUAUAUCACUCUGUUUUAGUGUUUGCGCCUACGAACAGCAUCGUCCGAAAGACCUUUGUCACUGAAUUACCGGCCUAUUUGAGGCGUGUAACAGGCAGAAGAGCCGACUGGGAUCCACGCCUGCGUUCGUUCGAUAACGCCCAGCCCAGAGGGUGGCAUCCCAUAGACAGGCGCUCUACCGUGUUUUCACCUGACUCUGAAGUAUUGCUCUCUGUAUCCAGUGGAGGAUAUGCCAGAGCUUGGGAUUGCGAUACAGGUGAAUGUAUAGAGCAGCUCGAGACAGCCAAAAGCUCUUUGAUGGCCCUUUCUCCCAAUGGAAGAUACCUAGCAGUGAUCACCCCUGAGUGGAAGAUAAGCCUGUCCUCGGAUACAAGAACACAUGUUCUAGAGUCAACACAAGAUAUAGUUUUGGGUGAUCUGGCCUUCUCACGAGAUUCCGCAUUACUAUGGGCAUGCUCGAUCAAGGGACAAGUGAAAGCCUGGAAUGUGGCAACGGGGGAUUGCGUGAGAGAUCUCAAAUGCCCAUGGACCAUGGACGCUGACCCCCAAUCUCGUGAUAACUACGAGUGCCAGUUCAAGUUUUCAUUUGGUUACUCCACCGCUCUACUUGUUUCAGACUAUAUUGAUGCGCAUGUUUGGUCUCUUGAACGUGGUGAGGAAGAGAAGUCCUUUGACAUAGCGCUAUCAAACGGUGCCUAUACUAUGCCCAGUGGCUUCUCGCCAGAUGAGAAAGUAUUGGCUACGCCAUCAGAAAGAGAUUCAGUGAUGAAGAUCUGGGACCUCAAGACAGGCCAGUGUCUAUGGGAGCUGGAGGAAGGGGAUGGUCGCCAUAUAAUGGACUUUGUCUUCUCAGCAGACUCUCGCCUCUUGGCGAUAGUCUAUGACAACAAUUCAACAUUGGUCUGGGAUAUUGAGAGUGGAAAGUGCUCAGCAAGACUAAACAUCAGGGGUCGUGUCUCCCUCUUCAGUAUUACAUUCUCACCCGACAUGGAACUUAUCCUUCUCAUAAGUAAGAGAGAGGAUGGGCCAAACAGCAACAUUGAAGUGUGGAGCUUAGACUCAGAAGCCUGUAUGGCAAUGAUGAGAUGCCAUGAGGACGAUAUACACCAUCUUCUAUUUUCCCCUGAUGGGCAAACCUUUGCUUCUGUGCGACCAGGUGGCGGUGAAAUACAGUUAUGGGACUGGCAAAGCCUCCUCAAAGAGCCUCUAGAAGACUCAAAAGAAACGACGUCACUCGUUCUAUCACAUGAUGCAUCAACAAUAAUAGCGUCAUACGGGACUCACGAAUUGAGAGCAUGGGAUGCUGCAACAGGCGAAAUGCUCCAUGAGAUGCGCACCAAGGGCCAAGGGUUCAGUAUACGGUCUUGCAAGUUUUCCCCUGAUGAUGCAUACAUAGCAACAGACGGAUGGUAUGGAGCGGCAGUGUGGGAUGCACGCGAUGGUAACUGCGUGUGGCAUUCCAGCCAUGACUGCCGAAGGACUAGGGUGCAUUUCUCAUCUGACUCUCAGCGUAUCGCAGUAUGUGUUGGAUUCUGCUGGGAGAGAAGUAGUCCUUGUAUUGAGAUCUGGAAGCGGACCAGCAUUUCAUUUGAUCUCGAACAUACCUGGAAUGAGAUCUCGGCUUAUAACCUUUCGUUUUCUCCAAGUGGAAGCCUGUUGUUCGUCAAUCAUGGAAAUGGGAUAAGAGGUUUCGACUGUGACACAGGUGGAGUGUUUCAUGAGAUACCAUUUGAUGGACACGAGAUCACUAUAGUUCCGAUGGCGGUUUCCGAGGAUUCGUCCACCCUUGCCCUUGGUCUUCAAUCUGAGAUUCAAAUAUGGAACCUUGAGUCAAUGAUGUGUACCAAACAGUGGUGGACGAAGCUAGCUUCUCAUAUAAUCCUGUCUUCCACGGGAACCCUUUUGGCCGGCCAGAUUAACAACAACAUCCGAAUCUGGAAUUGGACGACUGGGGAGAUGCUUGCCGACAUCCGUCUUUCUGAAAACGACUGGAACAUUGAUGCCUUUUUAGCAGAUAACUCUGGAAUCAACACCACCCAUGGAAUUAUUCCAACGAAUCUGGGAAAUGUCUCAAGCAGGUACUCCACACCAACCUUCAGACUCACAGGGCAUUACAUCCAGUGGAGGGAGAAAAAUUUGAUCGAACUACCACGUGAUUAUCGAGCUGUUAGGAUUGCCAUAGUAGCGACAAAUUCGGAACUCACUAUUGCAUUUGGGUGUAGCUCGCAGCGGGUUACCAUUCUUAAGAUCUCGGAGGAUGAGGAGUUGAGACGGUUGCUUCCUCUGAUCGAGAAGACUUGA